AUGCGGAUAGCACUAUCAAUCGUAUCUCUGCAACUGUCGACCCUCUUUCUUUCAGCAGCAGCAAGUCCAGGCAGACAUAUUCCGAAGCAGAUCUCAAGCUCAGAGCGUCUAAGGCUCCUCGUACCACGAAGCCGUGACUCCGACCCCGCCGAUCGCAAUCCUUUCGGUCUCCCUUAUACCUACGAAGGCCACAGGCGGGUCUACCGAACGGACAUCCUGCGCGAGACAGGACAGCAGCCCAAGUGGCUUCAAGAGAAGGAGGCAUCAAAAAAGCGAAUGGAGGCUCUCAAGAUGAGGCAGGAAGAGCACCGGGCUGGACAUGUGAGCGGGUCCCCUUCUGGUCACCACGGCGUGGGAAGCAGCCAGUCUAAGAGACCUUACGUUUCAGCUCUCCGUGAAAAGGCAACAAGCUCGGCUAAGGGCGCGGUCAAGGCGGGCAAGGGUGUCAUUCGGUCAGCCAAGGGCGCACUGAGAAAAGGCUUCUGCUUCAUGAAGAAUUGCUAG